GACUUGAAUGCAGUGCGUCGCUGGGUCCCUCAGUUGCCAACCAUCCUGUACAGAUACAGAAUUGUCGCAAAUCUCACGGUUCUUAUGGACCUGCCCACUGGUCCACUACGUAGAGAAGGGAUUUUUGCGCUUGAACGUUUUAAUUUUUAUUGAGUUUUUUAGUGGUUAACAGGGAAGAACUUGGCUUUUAUUCACCAUGUCUGAUGACUACCAAGUUGUGGAAGUCAGUGCAGGUCCGAAAAAGCCCCGGAACCAUUUGACCCUGGAGAAGAAGCUGGAAAUCAUACAAGCCGUAGAUGAAGGCCUCAGCUAUCGCCAGAUCGGGACGAAAUUCGGCAUUUCCCAUUCUAGCGUGACGGCUAUCCUGAAGGCGCGUCGCAAACUGGAGCGGAUCGUCAAAGAAGACAGACCAGUCAACCGAAAGCGCAUCUUCACGCGCAUGCGUUUCGAACGUGUGGACACUUUGGCGUGGCGGUUUUUCAGUGAGUGCCGCACGCGACACUUUCACGUCUCCGGUGUGAUGCUCAAAAGUAAGGCUAAGCAGAUUGCAGACAACUUCGGUAUCAGUGAUUUCGCUGCGAGUAAUGGAUGGCUGGAGAGUUUCCGUCAGCGACACAAUAUUUCCUUCCGAAAUCUGGCCGAAGAAGCUGGCUUUGUGGGCCUGAACGAUGACGUCCGUCCCGAAGUGUACGAUCAGAUUUUACAUGAUAUCAUGGCUUCUGCGGGUGCUGAGACGAGUUCGAGUGACGAGUCGGAGACAGAGCAAGGGCCUGCGUCUGUAUCGCGGACGACGACUGUAAAAUUAAAGGCGACGGAUAGCUACAAGGAUGUUUUGCGCUGCUUGACCAGGAUCGAGCACUUUGUGGCCGGUAAGAACUGGAGAGGAGGAGAACUGCUCGAAGCUUUGAAAACUCUGCUUAUCAAAGAGCGCUCAAAAGAACGGAAAAGGCUUAAAACUCCUGUUAAAACGCACAUAAUGCUACCUGCCGAUGCGGUCACCCCACUUCCGGAAUGACUGUGGUCUUUUUGCAAACCUGAUUUUGGUGCAUUAUUUAUUGUUAAUUGAAUCCUGAUUUCGUUUUUUAAAUUUUCUGGGAACUAACGUAAAUACAUUUUUUACACAUACCAUAAUCAUAAAAUAUCAGCCUAUGCAGAGACUGCAGACAAUAUUGUCACUCCUACCAUUUUGAAAACUACCCAUAAUUUGCAAAGUGUCAAAGUGAUGAUGCAAGUGUUGAAAUUAAACUGUUAAAGAACUGAAAA